GGCGGGGCGCACUACGAGUCCCAGUGGUCUCCGCGGCGGGAGCGGGGUGAGGCGUCGCAGCGGGCCGCGGGGAGGCGGAGUGGAGCUGGGAAAGUCGCGGGCCGGCUGCAGCGGGGCUGAGGCCCGUGUUCAGGGCGCCCUCUAGCGCGUUCUUUCCACUCAGCGGCCUCGCCGGUUCCGGAAGGCCCUUGCCCGAACUGUACUGAGGGUGUAACACAAAAUCGGGUGUUACAAUUGGAGGCACCGCUGGAAUGAUCAUCGGCAACUGCAGUCGGAGACCCAUCUGCGAGAUUGGGAAGUAGGGAUCCCUGAGAGGUCGCCCUCGGGAAGGCUGGCCAACAGAUUAAAUUCACUUCUGAGGAAAAACAAACAAAAAAUAAACAGAGCAAACAGAACAAAAAACAAGCUAGCAGAGUGGUCAGUAGCAGCUCAAUGGACCUGGCUCUGGAAAGCAGCGAGUUUGUGAACAGAGUGUGGGUCCAGUGUGAGAAUGAAAGCUGCCUGAAGUGGAGGCUGCUGUCUCCUGAGGCUGCGGCCAGGGUGGAGCACAGCGAGCCCUGGUACUGCUUCAUGAACGCUGACUCUAGCUACAACAGCUGCUCAGUUUCUGAGGAGGAGUUCCCUGCAGAGUCUCGGUUCCUUGAAAGUGGAUAUAAGAUUGUAUAUUCACAGCUUCCUCUGGGAAGCCUGGUUUUGGUGAAAUUGCAGAAUUGGCCAACUUGGCCAGGAAUACUUUGUCCUGAUCCUUUCAGAGGGAAAUAUGUGGCCUAUGACCAGGAUGGAAAUGUUGACAAGUAUCACAUAGAAUUUCUGGGUGACCCCCAUUCAACGGCAUGGAUAAGUGCAACAUUUGUGGGGCAUUUUAGUCUCUCGUUAAAGACCACAGAAUGUACAAAUAAAAAGAGGUGGUAUAGAAGUGCCCUCGAGGAGGCGUACCAGCUCUACAGGCGUUCUCCUGAGCAAAGACUAGACGUGUGCUGCCUGUCCAAACGGGAUAGAACCAAAGCAGGUGCCAAAGCUGCUGUGGUGGCCAGGAAAAGGACGCAAGUUUCCAAAAAUAAUACUGAAAAGAAAAAGCCCAAGGUUAGAAAGAGGAAAAGGAAUGGUGCUUUAAGAUGCUCUGUUGAAAAUGUUUGUUCUGAUGAAGCCUUAUCAAAGGAAAGCAUGGUUGUCUCUGAGACAGAAGGUUUACUAAAAGAGCUGGAGAAAAUGCUGCAGCAGGUACAAGAGCCCACAGCAAGAGCCGAUGAACCAGGACAAGAACAGUUCUCAGCCUUUAGCAAGUAUACAGAAGCAGACACUGGGUCCCUUGAGAAAAGACUCCAAAAGAUUGCUCAAAAUGUUCACCAUUAA